AUGUCACGAUUACUCGGACGCUGUACGGCUAGUAUAAGUUAUGCCAGUCGUGCUCGGCGCGAAGCGUCUCACGGCGGCAAGGCACAUGAUACCUUUGUUGUUGUCUUGCUAUCAGCUUGCAUCUAUCUGAUCCGUCAAGGAUCCAGAGUACCAUUCCCCACCGCCUUUUCCUGUCUUAUGAGAUCUUCAGGCCAUUGGCUUCCUAGCGCCUCUAGAUACACCAUGCUUGACCAAAAUCACAUUGUUGCAUCUGAUACAACAUCGGGACACGAUGUAGGGUCGUCACUGGUUUCAAACCAAGAUGCGGGCGGCCACGAUGGUUCUCCGGAGCGCGAUUCCGAGUGUGGAUGUAAUUCCACGCCGCUUGGUUCAAGACCACCAUUCGCAGGAAUAUCUCGAGAGGAACUCAAAGUAUGGGUGAUACGUACUGCGAACACACAGGUCAACAAAGGUGAGGCGAAAUCGGAUGAGGACGAGCCACCACAAUCAGUGAUACAUGCUCCUGCAGGUUUUGGUGACUUUGUUGGGUCUGAAAGCCCUAUAUCACCAACUCCAUCGAGUACUUCAGUUGAACAUUCGGAGGGCUGGUCCGAGCGGCCAACACCUCGGGCGCAAACAAGACAAAAUUUCGGAGAUCCUUACAUGCUUUCAUGUACCAGUACUGUUGAUAGUAGGGCAGAUGCUGUCUCUGGAGAAGGAACGCCCUGGCUUUCGAUAUCCCGUGUUGAGGAAAUUGACGCUUUGACAGCAGCCCUAGCGGAGUGUUGGGCUCUAUGCAAUUCAUUGGCCGUUCUCGGCACUUUACAUGGAGAAAGGCACGGAUCCUACAUCAAUACUCAAGAUAAGACUUGGGAACUAUGCUGGCGUCUAUGUCAGGAACUCUAUGUCGGUCAGAACGACUACCAUCCCUCAAAAGUCAACCCUACUCUUGAUAUUUGUCAUGAUUUUUGUCAAUCUUUGUUCGAAGCUCGUGAGAAAGAAAACGAGGUCACAGAUUCGAUUCUCCGUGUCAGUUUUGAGCUCAAUAACCAUCUCUAUAAUACGCACGAUCGAAACCUGCCGGAGGCUUUCCGUGAGAGGACUCUAGACUUCUACAUCACAUUGUGUCAUCGUCUGAUGAAGCAGAGGAGCCUAGUGUCUGAGACAGAAUCCCCUUUGGGCGCAUGCUGGUCGUUUGCAGAGAUGCUCUUCACCAUACGCCAGAAUAAAAAAGAAAACAAGAAGCCAGACGAAGACUUGCUGGGAUCGACGAUUCAAGCUUGUUGGGAACUUUGCGAUGUUUUCAGGGAAGGUUGGGCACAGCGAAGCCAUCGAAGUUCUGACCGUGGAACACCACGGCCAAGUCAAGCAACUUUCCAGCAGGUCGUCGAGCAGGUCAAGGGCUCUCAAUUCAUUGCUUGUGACGAGGUUUUGGGACAAUCUAAAAAUCCUGAGACGCCGACUACCGUUUUCGAUGAUAGUGCAGCCAUCUCACCAGAUGAGGCACCCCUCCAGAACAUUUAUGUCUUGGGCCAAGGCUCAAUUCAAGCAUCGCAAACCGCCUGUUCUCCAAAUUCAUCAGCUGCAUCAGGACAAUCACAGUCAUCGGAGCAGACCUCAUCGACCAAAACAAUAACCACCUUGUCGGGAGGAUUGAACCUGGCGGCUAUCAAAUUAUUGGUUAUAAAGGCUGCAAUCAACAGCGGUUAUCAGCGUUCUGGGACACAAACUUUCUCGUCAUUCGUCAAAUCGCUGUCUUCCGAUGCAUUCGGCUCUACCCCUUGGCAAAUAUCACUACUGAAGAACUAUAAAAGGCUGGUAGCGUUUGACCCAAUUUUCAAAGGUGCUAGUUUCCAGGCACGAGCAAGUGCCAUUGAUGUAGCGCAAGCCGUUCGGCUUGUCGCGCAGGGCGGACAAUACCCAUGGCUGCUAGAUCUUUACCGCUUGGUCUUUGGGUUCCAUACAGACGAGGCUAUCAACCGGAAGGAGAUCAUACUUCAAGUAUGA